UCUUAACUAUCUCCGUCCGCUGCUGUUGUGUUGAAUCGCAAGUCACCGGUUCGCACUUCGGUUCGGUGUGUUUGAUUUCAAUUUUAAUUGCUGCUCUUGGGAUUUCUUAGGAAUUUUUUUGAAUUUGUUUAAACAGUGUCCUUGGAGACCCUUACAAACUACAACCAUGUCUAUUAUGGAAUAUAAUGGUGGUUGCGUCCUUUCUAUGAUGGGAAAGGACUGUGUUGCAAUUGCGUCAGACUUGCGGUUUGGUGUUCAAGGAAUGACGGUUGCUACCAACUAUGAGAAAGUAUUUGAGAUUGGACCUCAACUAUAUGUUGGUCUUCCUGGCUUGGCUACAGACACAGAAUCUGUACUUCAGCGACUGAAAUUGCGUGUUAAUUUAUAUGAGCUGAAAGAAGGAAGACGGAUGCAGCCAGCUGUUCUGACUUCAAUGAUUGCAAACAUGCUGUAUGAAAGGAGAUUUGGACCUUACUUUGUUGAGCCUGUAAUUGCUGGUUUUGACACCAAGAAACAACAGCCGUACUUGGCUAGUAUGGAUCUUAUAGGAUGUGUUACUGCUACCGAUGAGUUUGCCCUUGCCGGUACCUGUGGUGAACAGAUGUAUGGUAUGAGUGAAGCUCUUUGGCAGCCUGAUUUAAAUGCGGAUGAGCUUUUUGAAUGCAUCUCACAGGCCAUGAUGAAUGCAUUUGAUCGUGAUGCUGUCUCUGGUAUGGGUGCUAUUGUUCAUAUCAUUGAGAAAGACAAGGUCACCACCCGCAGGAUAAAGACCAGAAUGGACUGAAAUUUCUCUUACAACUUUUUUAUGUUUCGAUGGGGGAGAAAUUCUAAUUUAAGUAUAAUAAACAUAACUUUCCCA